GAUAUACAUUAAUAUAUAAGGAAAAUAAGGUGCCCGAUUUUUGAGCUUAGCCUUUAACAUAAGCUGCCGAAAACUUUUGUAUUAAAUAAGCUGUGAAAGGAAACUUAGCACUGUGAAAUUGAUCGGUUGAUGUCCUUGUUUCAGGUUAAAAAAAUGGACUGUAUACGUGGUAGGAAUGACUAUUUGGUUUCUGGGUCCAUUAAAAAGGGCAGUUUUCACUAAAUGCACAAGUAAAGACGUAGCUAGAGCCGCGAUUAAAUUAUAAAACAUUCUUCAUAAUAUUUAUUACAGAGAACCUAGACAUAGUAUCAGACACAAAGCUUAUGUUUUGAUUAGGCAGAUCUAUUUGUAGAGUGCGCUGCCUUUUGUUAGAUAAUAUACAGCAUUUGCUAAUCGAACCAACACAGAAUGCUGCUAAAAAACAUUAAUUCCACCUAAAUUGGACACAAAACAACGUUUAUUUACCAGUUGUAAAGGGGUUCUGGUUUAGAAUACAUUAAGUAAUAAAGUAAACUGGUAAGAUUUAAACGCAUUUUCAGCAUACGUGACAUGCGUUUUAAGAAAACGAAGGUUGGUUUGAGAAUUUAAGUGCGGGGUGGCUUCGAUAUUUCCGCAGAUGCACGAAGAACUCUAAGAUUAUGAGCCAUGCAGACAAAAUAAAAAAAAUUAAGCAACCUAAGAGAGGAAAAGAAUUAGCAUUUUGAUGCUGCACAAUACCGUCCCCCCCUGAACUAAUCAGCGGUGACAGCCGAAGGAAGGGUGCGAACAUCGCAAAAUUCACAUCUAAAAUUAAACCUAAUUUUUAAAAUUUCAAAACAAACCAGCUACAAGAAAACGUCGAGUCCUCUCUCUAUCAUCAUCAGCGCUAGCUUUUUUUUUCUAUAUAAAAAAACAGCUCUCGUGGAUUAAACAAAUGUACUGAUGUGCGGCGUGGAUCUUUUUUUGAAAGAUGCUCUUCUCAUUGGUUUAUGUGAUUUAUUCUACGAAAUGUAACGGUUAAGUUUGAAAUGUGUGGUAGCCUUAAUUCGACCCGAGGCCGAUUUCCCCGUUCAUCAGAACCACAGUCACAUAGCCUCAGUCUCCAGAGGGUGGCGCGCAAGGACAACCCAAAGCCAGUGCUGGGAGCAGCCGGCGCGCCCCCGUGCGCGUUCCCUUCUUCCUUUCUUCCUCGCAACCUUCCAAUUUGUAGCCACAGUGCAUGGAUUUACCUCUAGAGGUCAUCAGCGAGAAUUUACGACUGGACAACAAAAGCACGUGAUUACAAGUCGUACCCCAUAUUUGGGUGCCUACGUAGGAGGGAACGAAGUACAUGUCCCAGUCAUUUCCAUAAUUCAUCAUAAAUUGUGCAGGGUGCUAGACGCACAAACGACCAAGAGCCACAAAUCAAGUAAAAAAUAAAUAAAUAAAAAAAUCAAAUGAGCUCUUACUUUGUAAACUCAUUCUGCGGUCGCUAUCCAAAUGGCCCGGACUACCAGUUACAUAAUUAUGGAGAUCAUAGCUCGGUGAGCGAGCAAUACAGGGAUUCUGCAACGAUGCAUUCCAGCAGGUACGGCUACGGUUACAAUGGGAUGGAUCUCAGCAUUAGCCGUCCAGCAUCUAACCACUUUAAUGCCAGUGAAAGAUCUCGAAGCUACCCUGCAGGAGCAACAACAGCAGCAGCAGGACCAGAAGCAGGAGCAGACACCAGGUACAACCAACCUGCCACGUCCACUCAAUCUCCUUCACCUGACCCUCUGCCCUGCUCCGCCGUGGUCAGUCCGCCUGCCAGUGACAACCACCCCGGAAUCAAAAACUCCAUAGCAAGCCCAACUACCUCCUCAAAUUCCAGCAGCAGCAGCAGUCAAAUCAGUAGAGAUGGGGUUGGCACGUCGCCUGGUACUGAGGAUGACACCCCGGCAAGCAGCGACCCUCCAAGUUCACAGAACGGACAAGGCACAGCACAGCAGCAGCCUCAGAUUUACCCCUGGAUGCGAAAACUGCACAUAAGUCACGAUAGUAUGGGAGGACCAGAAGGUAAAAGAGCCAGGACGGCUUACACCCGAUACCAAACCCUGGAGCUGGAAAAAGAAUUCCACUUCAAUAGAUAUCUGACCCGGAGACGACGGAUAGAAAUUGCACAUGCUCUUUGCCUAACAGAGAGACAGAUUAAGAUCUGGUUCCAAAACAGGAGGAUGAAAUGGAAAAAAGAUAACAAGUUAAAAAGCAUGAGCAUGGCCGCUGCAGGAGGCGGAUAUCGUCCUUGAUCAAUAGAAGCACUGGGCAGUAGCUAACCAAUUAGCAUAAUGUCAAUACAGUACUGACUUCCAAAACUCUUUUUCCCGUGUUACUUCUAUGAAGAAAAGCAUUUCCAUAUUGCCGUAUUCCAAUCUUUGCAUCGUUAGUCUGCUUUCUGGUCGUACUGUUGCCUGUACAAGUCAUUGCUUACAGUAUAUUGUCUAGGAAUAGGAUAGCCUUGUGAAUUAUAGCUGUUUAACUUAUUUAUAUUAAUACAAGCGGUAUUACUUGAAGUAACUGUAUAAAAUCGUCCAGUAAAAUGUAAUUAUGUGUUGCACUCUGCAAAAAAAAGUGUAUGUAUGUAUUAGUGUUGCUAAAUGUCAAAAUAGCUCCAAGCUUGCAAUACGUAUUUAAUUUCAGACCAUCGUCCUCUGUAUUGGAUAUCGUGGUGUUAAAUCACUGAAAUGCUACCUAUUCUGUGUUAUUAGUGAGCAGUGAAUUUUGUGAAGGGUAUUGCGACUUUGAACUGUAUGUCUAUGCUGUGCCUUUGUAUGACUUUGCACGAAUUCCAAUAAGUGGCUCUUAGCGCAGCGUCGGUGUAUGUUUUUUGUGACAAAGGAUAAAUAUAAAGCCUAAAAGACUGGCAGUUUAAGAAAUUAGUGAUGAGCUUUUGUAUUUGUUUUUAAAACUGACUGGAAGUUAAAAUAAAGUUUCUAUAGUAACUUUCCUGCUCUUUAGCCUCCCAAAUAAGUAUUUAUCUUGCCUUUGUUGUCUUGUGCAUUAAAAUAUUUCUACUAAUUACGUUUAACAUAGUUUUUGUCCAAACCUCCUAAGAAAAGUACAUGUUUGACCUAUUUUUUAUAACUUUGCCCCAUUUCACUGGAUGAAAAGUCUGCAGAUUGGUUUAGCGUAGGUAUUGAAGCUGCGCAAACUUAUAAAGGCGGGUCUUUAAGCAAUGCAUUUCAAAUUUUCUUAUUAGUGCAAAUGGCGGAAUUCGGUAGAAAUUAGUACACUGAAUAUUUACACAUGGUGCUAAAUUGUAGUAUGGUGUUUUUUACGCAUUUCGAAGUGAAAACGUCCGCCUCUUGAAUCCCAUUUCUUGCGCACUGAUAUUUGCGCACCGUUUGCUCAACUGUACUGCUCAACGUCUACUUCUUUGUUGCUGCUCUUACUGUUCUUGCAUUUGAACAAACCCUUUUGAUAGACCCGAUUUCUCUGAAACUGUAUAGUGUGGGUCUGAGGAAAAAUUGUACCCUGAAGCAUUUCAAACACUUAUGUCCCGAAGGUAGGCGAUAGUCACGAUCUCUCAACUCCCUGCUAAAGUGUAGCGUAAACCUUUUCCAACAGGUAUUUUCACUUUACAGAGUUAACUUUACUUACCGCGACAAAGCAGGGCAGAAAAGUCACCACUUAGCUCCUGACAGCAAGGAGAUCAGCACUUUCACCCUUUCUGCUGAGUGAGUGCUUGUCCUUUAAAGUUAUAAACAGUAAACUUUUAUACACCUCAGUUCCGGCUAUAUGACAUUUGGGUGCCAAAUGAAUAGGGUUUUGUCUAUGAAUUAGAUCGUAAAAUCAUCCAUAGCACAGACUGAUAGCCUCACUGGCUAUAAAAAAUCACGUGGUGUCAUUAAAGUAAGUUUUAUGGUUUUGGGGAGUUGACAACCAACAGUAUAUUCUACAUAACAUAUAAUCUCACUGACGCUGGACUUCAUUUGGCUCCUUUGCAGAUUGCGUGUGCAGACAAGCCACUCAAAUGGCUAAUCUUCUUGUUCAGAGGACUAUCCACAGCUCCACCACUCCAGUGUACAGGAAAGUUGUAUUUUCUUGCAACACAAGAUGAUUUCUCUCUAUGGUUUGAGGCUGCCAUUUUACGUGAACGAUAUUUUUUUUAGAAACACGGGUUCAUUAUUGGGGCGUCUUUUACGAAGUUGUUCCUCAAGAAGACCCUUGGCCAAAGACAUACACGCAGUACAAAGGCAAUCUGUUCAAACGAACGAACCUCAGUCUUGCCAAGGGACAUAAAAAUGCGCACCUCUUUUGCUACAAUAUACAAUUUGGAUUGGAAAUGUUUUGAUGGUGUGGGGGAUUUUCGUUCCUUAAAUCACAGAGAAUAUGUUUCCAGAAAGGAAAAAGAAGGAAUUGAAGGAAAUUGUAUCUGCACACUCUGCGACUCACCAGCAGAGCUCGCUUUAGACCAAGUUCACAGUCAGUUUUAGCAUGGGCUGAGAGCUCACGUAUCCAUUGUUCUAUCUGUGUAACAGGGAAAAAACGAAUAUGCUAAAGUAAACUCACGCUAAAUUGAGUUGUUUUUUUUCGCUGUGCUAUCUAUAAUUACAUCGGCUGGUCGCUGCAAUAAAAAAACUUACCCAGUUUGGAAUAUCCAACAAAAUAAAGGAGCACUUGAAUG